AUGCCAAACACACGAACGGCUACUUUCAGAACCUACGGUUCUCGCGGGUCCGGGGCCCGUACAAGGACACCUUCCGAUGAUAUCAUUGUUGACGAGGAGAUACCAGAAUCGAGUGCACACAACGGGGCCAAGACGUCAUUCUCGGCAUUGAAACGCAAAUGUUCGUCCCCGAACCUACAUUCGUUCUUCGGAGGAGCCCAGACUCUGAAGAAACCUAAGCUUUCUGCUCGGUCCGGUAAAUCGAUACCCAAGUGUCACAAUAGUACCCAGAACAUUUCAGAUAUCCCAGCACUCGCACAGCUUCAUUUCCUCUCUAAAGAUACGUUGGUGACGUGCAAAUUGUGUAAUCUUUCAUACACACGGGGGGCUCCAGAAGAUGAAAGCCUUCAUCGUUCGCAUUGUUUGCGAGUCAUUAAAGGGAUGGAAUGGUCCCGGGAGGAACGUACCCUGGAGAAACCAUUAGGUUCAGGAACGUCGCAUGUCGAAAUAGUGGAAGAGCGCUGCGCACUCCCCAAUGGUGAUGUUGGAAGGAUAGUGAGGAUAAGAUGUGAUGUGACCAAGGGGAAGUUGGGCCAAAAAGUUACGAUGUUGCUUUCAACAAUAAAUAAAGCUCUCUCCGCACCUUCUUUGCCCGGUUCUGGACUUAGCUCAUCCAAAGCCUAUGUGAUGAUAAUUCCCGCCAAACCCAAGUUGGGAGCCAAAAAUAAAACGUUGGCAAAGCGGCCCAACACUGAACGUAUUGUCGGUUGUGUUGUCACUACUCAUAUUACGAGCGCGAUGCGUGUUAUCGAUAGUAGUGAGCUCGAAUCAUCAGAUGUAUCAAAGUCUAACCUUGUCUGCGUGGAUAUCGACGAUUCCAGCGGAAAUGUCUAUUGCGAUCCUACCCCUAUACCAGCAACCUUAGGAAUUCCACGUUUGUUUGUAGUACCUUCCCAUCGCCGUCAAGGAAUUGCGCAGGCGCUACUAAAUGCGGCUGCCAAAACUGCCGUAUGGGGAUGUCCUCUCGAUCCUACUGGAGGGCAGAUCGCGUUUUCUCAGCCUACGGCGAGUGGCCGCGCUAUAAUGAAGGCAUGGGGCGGAGAUAGCAUUCAUAUCUACGACGAACAAUAG